AUGGGCAUGCAGCUUCUGCGGGGACUGCGGCUCUGGGGGCUCGGCGCCUCCGCAGGCCUGGUCGCCGCGGCCCGAGCCCCCGCCGCCCGCCCCGGCCACCGCCCCCCGCCCCGCCUCCGCGCCCCGCCCGCCGACCCCCGGCCCCGCCCCGGCCUCCGCCUCCGCACCCCCCUCCCGGCUAGCCGCAGGUCGCAGCGCCAGGCUGCCGCCGCCUGCAGAGACUCGCCGCCGGCCCACGCCAGCACUAUGGAGCGCACCGGAGCCGGAGGAAUAAAUUCCAAUGAGUGUGAAAAUGUGUCAAGAAAAAGGGAAAUGUCAGAAGAAUUUGAAGCCAACACAGUGGAUUCUCUAGUAGAUUUGCCAUUUGCUACUAUCGAUAUUAUAGAUGAUUGUGGAAUCACUGAUGUACCUCACAUAAAUUUGGAGAGAAGUAAAGAAACUGAAUGGAACAAUAAAGAUAAAAUAAAGAAGAGGAAAAAAAAGCAAAAAGAUGAUCAACCCAACUAUUUCCUAUCCAUUCCGAUCACCAACAAAGAGAUUACAAAAGGAAUUAAGAUCCUGCAAAAUGCAAUAAUACAACAAGAUCAGCGACUGGCCAAAACAAUGAACAGUGAUGGUUCCUUUCAUAUUACCCUGCUAGUGAUGCAGUUAUUAAAUGAAGAUGAAAUAAACAUUGGUAUUGAUGCUCUUUUGGAAUUAAAACCAUUUGUGGAAGAAAUCCUCCAAGGAAAAACUUUGACUUUGCCCUUUGAAGGGGUUGACACUUUUGGAAAUCAGGUUGGAUUUGUGAAGCUGGCAGAAGGAGAUCACAUAAACCCACUUUUGGAGAUAGCAGAUGCUGCAAAAAGGACAUUUCAAGAAAAAGGUAUCUUGGCAGGAGAAAGCAGAACUUUUAAGCCUCAUUUGACCUUCAUGAAAUUGUCCAAAGCACCACGGCUCCGGAAGAAGGGAGUGAAAAAAAUAGACCCCAAAUUCUAUGAAAAAUUUAUCAGUCACAGAUUUGGAGAAGAAAUGGUACAUCGCAUAGAUCUUUGCUCCAUGCUGAAGAAAAAGCAAAGUAAUGGUUAUUAUCACUGUGAGUCUUCAAUUGUGAUUGGUGAGUUGGGAAGCCCAUCCUCUGUAGCCCUGCAGAGAUACAGAAAGGAAGUACCCAGCUGGCCAAGUGGUGAUAAGAAUGGAGGUGAGCCCGAUGAUGCUGAACUGGUAAGGCUCAGUAAGAGGCUCGUGGAGAAUGCGGUGCUCAAGGCUGUCCAGCAGUAUCUGGAAGAAACACAGAACAAAAACAAGCCAGGGGAUGGGAGCUCUGUGAAAACUGAAGAGGCUGAUAGGAAUGGCACUGACAGUGACAACAACAGGAAAUGAGACCCGAAGGCAGGCAGGCCCCCGCCGCUCCGUGAGAAGCAUCCCUGCUCCCCUCUGCCGAGUCAAUGGACUAAUUUGCAUUGUGCUAUUUAAGUGUCUCUUGUCCAUUCUGUGGAGAUUGCCUAAUACUUUCAUGAUCGAUGUGUUUGCAUUCCUGAAACACAACAGAAGAGAAAUGGAGUGCUGGGACUAUCAGAGGAAAUUAAUUUAUGAAGGAAGAAUGGCCCAGGUUUUACUUGCCCUCAGCCGAGGCUGUGGGAGAGAGGAUUUUGCGUGAUGCCCCGUGGACUCAAAGGCCAUGGAAGGGGCCUUGCCGUAAAUGGAAUACUGCCAUUUAUAUUGCUUAGCAGGGCAUUUGACUACUUUAUCUGAGGCCAAAACACACACAGAGCUAACAAGUGCUACGAUUAAAAUGAUCACUGUUGAAAUUAUUAUCCAUAUAGCUAGUCCAUAAUGUUUCAUGUUUGUCCUAUGUGU